UCGAGCCGUUCUCCGCCUCAGGGGCAUUGGAACCUGCGGCUUGGUCGCUGUGUGGAGAUUAUCCUUAGGGUCACAGUUUACCACAGGGCAAGUGUAUGCAAAAACAUCUAAAUGAAAGCAAGUGGUAACUUAAUUGUUAUUUCAUCUGAAGUGGAGCAAGAAACUUAGCAGGCUCUGUUGUGAAGAGUGAUCAUUUGGGUGAGGCAUCAAAGGAUUACAUCAGCUUACAGAUUCCCCCAAGCUUGGGUUGUCGUCUCCAGGAGUGGAGAGUCAAGAUGCAUGGAUUUUCAGUGGCGUAAGUUUGAAUUGAAAGGAGGGGAUGAAGAGUGAUAUAUCAUCAUAUGCAAUAAAGAGAAAGCAAUUUCAACACCACCUUGUUGGAAGAACGAAGCUAGAUACCACCCAGCCAAGAAGGAGGCAGGAACAUUGGCAGUUUAUUCAACAUGGCAAACAAAAAUAUUGAACACCUAAAUAAUGCUACAAAUGAAGAGAGAAAUCAGGCAACUCUGAAAAUUAUAUCAGAAUCUCAGGCUGUAAUGGAGAAAAUAAAUUCGACAGACCAUUCAGAUGCACCAGUGGAAGUAGAUGAAACAACCCUUUUGAAUAAAAUCAGCCAUAACGAGAGUCCUAAAUCUCACCAUCAUGGCAAACUAUGGCGAAUGUUUGCCUGUCCACCUCAAGGGAUCAUUGCUAGUGUCCUCACAAAGGUGAUUAUGGUGAUCCUUCUGUGGGCAGUUGUCUGGUCAAUUACAGGUCCAGAGUGCCUUCCCGGUGGUAAUUUGUUUGGAAAUCUGAUUCUGUUUGUGUGUGCAGUUCUGGGAGGGAAGAUUGUUGGAAUGAUCAAACUUCCUAAUUUACCUCCAUUACCUGGUCUUCUAGGAAUGCUUCUAGCUGGUUUUGUCCUCCGAAAUAUUCCUGUUGUCAGUGAUGCUAUUUACAUUGAUUACAAGUGGUCCUCGUCCUUGAGAAGUAUAGCACUUGCAAUUAUCCUGACCCGAGCAGGACUUGGGCUGGAUGCAAAGGCUCUUCGGAAACUGAAGGCUGUGUGUCUUAGGCUAGCAUUUGGCCCUUGUCUUAGUGAAGCUUGUGUUUGUGCAGUUCUUGGACACUAUCUACUGCAUCUGCCCUGGUCAUGGAGUUUUAUCUUGGGGUUUGUGAUGGGAGCUGUGUCACCUGCUGUAGUUGUCCCAUGCAUGCUGAUGCUUCAGAAGGAAUGCUAUGGUAUUGACAAGGGAAUCCCAACACUACUAAUGGCUGCAGGCAGCUUUGAUGAUAUCUUGUCUAUUACAGGUUUCAAUACAUGUCUUGGGAUAGCCUUUUCAUCAGGUUCAAUGGUUUCCAAUAUACUCAGAGGUUUCCUUGAAGUUCUAAUUGGAAUAGCAGCAGGUGCUGCUAUUGGAUUGUUCCUUCGAUACUUUCCUAGCAGGGAUCAGGAGGAUCUUGUGAUGAAGCGCUCUUACCUCCUGCUGGGUCUUGCAGUGUUUGCUAUUUUUGCUACAGGAGUCUUUGGUUUUCCUGGUUCUGGAGGACUAUGCACAAUUGUCAUGGCUUUUCUUGCUGGGGUCGGAUGGGUUGAUGGCAAGGGUGGAGCAGAGGGUAUCACAGCUAACGCCUGGGCCAUCUUCCAGCCAUUACUGUUUGGAUUGAUUGGGGCAGAAAUAUCCGUUAGUUCACUAAACUCAUAUACCGUCGGACUUGGGAUUGCAACUCUGAGCAUUGCUCUUGUAGUCAGAAUCUUUGUCACGUUCCUCAUGGUACACUUCUCAGGAUUUAACAUUAAGGAAAGAGUAUUUAUUUCUUUGGCCUGGAUCCCUAAAGCCACAGUUCAGGCUGCCAUUGGCUCUGUAGCUUUGGACAUGGCACGAAUUCGAAAUGACAAGACUGCAACAGAGUACGGGUUGAGUGUUCUCACUGUGGCCUUUCUGGGAAUCCUGAUCACGGCUCCCAUCGGAGCGGUUAUUAUUGGCUUGCUAGGGCCAAAGCUGCUACAUAAAUCAAACCAGCAGGAUUCAGACCAUGGAGAAGGCUUGGAAAGCAAGACCAUGACAUCAUAUGAACAUCAUCAAGGAGUGGAAAAUGAAAUUGAAGUCUAAGAUGUUCUAUGGAUCUAUAUUAAAUUUCAGAAGGAUCUCUAUUGAAUUUCAACAGACAUGUGAUUCUUGAAUAUCUCUGCACAUAACAGAGGAAAUGGUUUUAAAACUGUUUUAUUAACGAUUGUACAUUAUGUAGAUUUAUUUUUUAAAAGAAACUGUCCAGAUUUACUUAAAUACCUAUUUGUUUGGAAUUGUUAUUUGUGUAGAAAUCAACGUGAGCAUUUUAAACAUUUGCUUGACAUUAUGAAAGUAUUUAUGCAAUUAUCCUUAGAUCAAUAUUACUAGAAGUGUAUUCAAAAUAGCAGAAAGACCUUAGCUAUUAAAUUGUGGUGUACCCCAGAAGCCCAAUAGGUAAUGAUGAUAAUAUAAAAUAAUAAAAACUGUGGAUGCUAGAGAUCCGAAACAGAAACAAAAGUUGCUGGAGAAACUCCGCAUCUCUGGCAAAAUCUGUGGGAAGAAAUCAGAGUGUCACUGGACUCAAAACAUUAACUCUGCUUUCCUCCUACAGAUGUUGGCAGGCCUGCUGAAUUUCUCCAGCAACUUCUGUUUUUGAUUCAGGCCAUGAUCACAGUUUAUAUCUAUUAUUUGAAUAAAUUCUAACGGAAUAAUUAGUCCCAUUUGUCACCACAGGCUUCUGGAACAUGGAAAAUCAGAAUCCCAAUUUUUAUGAUGUGCUGUGACAACAGUCCCCCUUCUGUGUUCUGUUAAGUAUCUACUGGGUCCUGAACUGAAACUGUUCUGAAAGAGAUUUGUGUUUUACACUGUGUGACCAGUAAUCGGUGCCACUGCUGCAGCUGGGAGCCAGGUCUAAGAAACCAUGGGUAAACUCUUGAUGAAUAUUGUAAUCCUAGCUUUUUCCUCGUGCUUUUAAAAAAAAAUUGGUUUUCUGUUUUUCUGUUCUGGAGUUCCAAUCAGAAUUCUAUGGCUGAAAGGGCACAGCAGAUCUAUCCUUAGCCCAAUUAAUGCAAUAAUAAUUCAUUUCUGUUGUACCAACGCAAUCCAGGUUAAAACACUUCUUGGUGUAUCUCCCUGUCUUAGUAACCAGAUGAAUUUGAGGAUUCAUUAGGGAAUCUUGAGUAUAAAAUGAUUAUAGCUGUUGUGAUAGAAUUUUUUUUUUUGCACUGGGCAGUUUGAGUGUACAGUCAUAGUUCAUGUUGUUUUGUGUCUCCAACCUUUUCCCAACCAAAAUAAACUGGCAUGCAUGCAGCAGUUCAGAACACA